CAACUACUGGCGUCCGUGGCGCUUGUGUGAGAGAGAGAAACGCGGGAUUGGGACGUCUCCCUGUGGCUCUAGAUUCCCAUAAGUGUCAUCUACUCUUGUGAGGGGGAAGCGAUUCCAGGACUGACGAGUGGCGUGAAUUUGCCGCAUCUUUCUGGGUGUGGAGUCUAAAUAAGCAGCCAGCUGCACACCAAUUUUGCAGCAUGUCUUCCAAGAUAGCCAAGCGGAUGAUGUCGAGGGUGGACGAGAUGGUUUCCAGGGCAUCAUCAGCCACCAAGCGGACGGACCUCUCGACCAGCAAGAAGAAGGCGGCGAAGCGGGCUCUACUACAGGCGCCGUCAAAGCGAAAAGGCAGCGGAAGCACCAGCGUCGCAACUUCGUCUAGCAGGAGUGUCACGAAGAAGAGCGCAAGGAAUAAAGCAGGACGACGGACGAUGGGCCUCCUCGACAAAGCGCGGCGGGAGCUACGUGGCAAAUCGCUGGUGGCGCGAAACGUCAGUCUGCUGUCGUACAGCUCUCGAGGAGAGGGGCGGGCCGCGGGGGCGGGGGCAGACAGCGGAGCGGCAAAGGUUGGCGGUGGCGUCGCCAGCAAGUCGCGAAAAGCCGUCGAGCAUCUCUUGCUGCUGGAUGCACGAAAAGCGGCCGGGAGAUAG